CAAGUCACAUCUCGCGAGAAUAUAUGCGUCCAAAAAAUUAUGGACGUCGGUGGGAACGGUGGUGGGCUACCUGUAAACAAUAAACAGAGAGCUAUGCUACCUAACAAGAGCAGGGGCGAAUUCACCCGCAACCCGAGAAAAGAUUCAGAGGGGCUGUCUGAGUCUCCAGAUCUCGAGUUUGAAUAUUCUGAUACAGACAAGUGGGCUGCAGAGCUGUCAGAGCUUUACAGUUAUACUGAAGGACCAGAGUUUGCUCUGAAUAGGAAGUGCUUUGAGGAGGAAUUCAGACCUCAUGUAUCUGAUAAGAAGUGGACGGAGCUUGAUGCAGCUCAGCACAGAGCUCACGCCAUGCGGCUGCUGGACAGUCUGGAGGUCAUUGCCCGUGAGAAGAGGCUGAAAGUUGCUCGAGCCAUUCUCUACAUGGCUCAGGGGACCUUUGCAGAGUGCAGCUCUGAGGCUGAGGUGCAGCACUGGAUGAGAUACAACAUAUUUCUGCUGCUUGAUGUGGGGACCUUCUCUGCUCUGGUGGAACUGCUAAACAUGGAGAUAGAUAACAGUGCUGCUUGUAGCAGUGCUGUCAGAAAACCAGCCAUCUCGCUUGCCGAUAGCACAGAUCUCAGGGUGCUGCUGAACAUUAUGUAUCUGAUGGUGGAAACUAUCCAGCAGGACGACCCAGCCGACAAGCCUGAGUGGAAAAUCAUCAGGGAAACUUUCAGGGCAGAACUGGGAUCUCCUCUGUUCAACAACGAGCCCAUUUCCGUCAUGCUCUUUGGUAUGGUUACCAAAUUCUGCAGUGGCCAUGCUCCACACUUCCCAAUGAAGAAGGUGUUACUGCUGCUGUGGAAGAGCAUCCUGUUCACGCUCGGAGGGUUUGAGCAACUCCAAAGUAUAAAAGUCCAUAAACGUGAUGAGCUGGGUCUUCCUCCUCUCCCAGAGGACAGCAUUCGAGUCAUUCGCAGUAUGAGGGCGGCUUCUCCCCCUGCAUCUGCAUCCGACCUCAUAGAGCAGCAACAAAAACGGGCCCGCCGUGAACACAAGGCGCUGAUCAAACAGGACAACCUGGAUGCAUUUAAUGAAAAGGACCCUUACAAGGCUGAUGACUCUCGUGAAGAUGAGGAUGACAAUGAUGACAACGACAACUCGAUAGAGGCAGAGACGUUCCCUCUGGAGAGGGAUGAAGUGAUGCCUCCACCCAUUCCUCACCCUCCAUCAGAGAGGGUCUCCUUCCCCAAGGGUCUUCCGUGGGCUCCUAAAGUCAGGGAAAAAGAUAUUGAAAAUUUUCUCGAAUCCAGUAGAAGUAAAUUCAUUGGUUACACACUUGGAAGUGACACCGACACAGUGGUUGGAUUGCCCAGGCCAAUUCAUGAGAGCAUCAAGACGUUAAAGCAGCACAAAUACGUCUCUAUAGCUGAGAUGCAAGUUUCAAAAGAGGAGGAAUUUCAGAAAACCCCUCUGUCUGGUGGAGAAGAAGAAGUGGAGAUGUGCUCCACCGAGCUGCUCUAUCAGGGAAUUCUGCCCAGUUUGCCUCAGUAUAUGAUUGCACUGCUGAAGAUUCUGCUCGCUGCAGCUCCAACAUCCAAAGCCAAAACAGACUCCAUUAACAUCCUGGCCGACGUGCUGCCCGAGGAGAUGCCGACCACAGUGUUGCAAAGCAUGAAACUCGGUGUUGAUGUCAAUCGACACAAAGAGAUCAUUGUGAAGGCCAUUUCUGCCAUCCUGCUGCUGCUUCUGAAGCACUUCAAACUUAACCACAUCUAUCAGUUUGAGUAUAUGGCUCAGCACCUGGUGUUUGCCAACUGCAUCCCCCUCAUUCUGAAGUUCUUCAACCAGAACAUCAUGUCUUACAUCACAGCUAAGAAUAGCAUUUCAGUACUUGAUUUUCCAUAUUGUGUGGUGCAUGAGCUCCCAGAGUUAACCGCGGAGAGUUUGGAAGCAGGAGACAACAAUCAGUUUUGCUGGAGGAAUCUGUUUUCCUGCAUUAACCUGCUGAGGAUCCUCAACAAACUGACCAAGUGGAAGCACUCCAGAACCAUGAUGCUGGUUGUGUUUAAGUCAGCUCCCAUCCUGAAGAGGGCGCUGAAGGUCAAGCAGGCCAUGAUGCAGCUCUACGUCCUCAAACUGCUCAAAGUGCAGACCAAGUACCUCGGACGCCAGUGGAGGAAAAGCAACAUGAAGACCAUGUCAGCCAUCUACCAGAAGGUCCGUCAUCGCCUCAACGACGACUGGGCUUAUGGAAACGAUCUGGACGCUCGUCCCUGGGACUUCCAGGCUGAGGAGUGCGCUCUGCGGGCCAACAUUGAACGCUUCAAUAGUCGGCGUUACGACAAGAGCCACAGUAAUCCAGACUUCCUGCCUGUGGACAACUGCCUGCAGAGUGUUCUGGGGCAGCGAGUGGAUCUGCCUGAGGACUUUCAAAUGAAUUACGACCUGUGGCUGGAGCGCGAAGUUUUCUCCAAACCUAUAUCCUGGGAAGAACUGCUACAGUGAGAAUCAGCCUCUCACAAUAUCCUUGAUGUGUUUUUUAAAAAUCAAACUGUUUCAAUCAGGAGUUCAGACAAAACACCAACAGUGCUCUCACUGAUCAAACACUGGGCAAAGUGUCGCGUUGCAUGUUCUGUGCAGACUGAAGGUGGAUUCCACUCAGAAGUCACCCAGGUGCUGACUCUGAACCAUCAGUGUGCAUCAGUGCGGUUUUACAGUUUGAUCGGGGCUCCAACCAAAUGCUUUAUGUGAUGAACUUUUGCCUUUAAGAAACUUAGCAUUAUUGUUAUUUCAAUCCACUUGUUACACAAAAAAAGACAUAAUUGUUUUGUAUUUAGGUUCCCUGACACUUUUCCUUCCACUCACGGUUUUUACAAGAAAUUGAUGAUGAUGAAUUUGGUGAUAAAUUGCAUCUGUGGACUCAAACCCAAGUCCUUCCCUUGCUCUGUGUGCCUCUAAUCUGCUACAGUGGGUCACUAACCGACCUGGAAAGCACUACAUGACAACUUUCAUUUUAAAUACAUUUAUUUGGAAUACAUUUUAAGUAUUAACUGUUAAGACAAGGCUGCCUUCAGCACAUGUAGGCUAAUUAAUCUAACAUUCCUCAAUUUCAUCUCAUCAGUUUAUCUUUUGCAGACAGAUGAAAGGAGUGGACGCAGGCUGUUUCUGUUGGUCAGAGUUUGUGUGUACAAAUGAAGACGUGUUAGUUUUUAAUAGUUACCCUCUGAAGGGACUGAUCUCCUGUUUACCAGAUUAACCUUAUUAUUGUUCUGACUACAAACUGUGUCGUGGGACCAUCGAAGUCAUCGUUCAGACCUCCAUUGACCACCACAUGAAACUACAGCUAUGAAUUUUUACCUAAGAACAAACUCAUUAUCGUCUUAAUUCAGUUUGCUGUGCAGUCACUAACAUAAACAGAAACAUUUCUGGUUUGAGAUCUGUUGUUUCUGAGUUUUGAACUGAAAGUUAGAACUUAAUUUUUUUCCAGUAACAGAACCAUUUUCCUUCCUUUUUUUAACACCAUUUUUUGUUUGCUUGUUUUAUGAACAAGGUUUAGGAAAUGAGAAUACAUGUAAAUUGUGAAACUUAUUUAUCAUGGCUUUCGUCUUUGUUUUACAUUGACUUAAAUACUGUAAUAAAAUUAUACUGUCAUUCA